UUCGCCGCCGCCCAGCUUGAAUACUAUUCUCGGCCUAGGUCUUACACCCAAAAAGAAGAAAGAACCAUAGCUGAGUUGUCCGAGUCAAAAAGAAACUUUCUUUCAAGUAUCAACGUAGACAAGAAGAUAUAGAAACUAAAUAAAUAAAUAAAUCCAGAGACCUAAUAAUAGAAGUAAUACAGAAGUGGAAUAUUAUUGGGCAGAAAAUCCAUAUGUUUUUCCUUAAUUCUGGGAGGGUUUAGUUUUUGUUUAUGGUUCAAAUAUAUCGUCCGCCGCCGAUAAUCCUCCGUAGAAAAUGCUCGUCGCCGAUCUUAGCCUCCUCUGCCGCCGCAGCUGUAGCCGCUCCUUAGACCUCUCAUGUCUUCAUUCGUUUACCGUCUCUUCGCCAUGUCAAGAUUCUUGACGGUUAGAAGUGUUAAGAGAGUUGUGCAAUCUGUACGUCAGAAUCAGUCGACCAUUAUAUACUCUGAUGGGUUGCAAUAUGGACCACUUUUUAGACCAGGAUUAUAUUCACAUAAUUAUAGACUAUAUUCACAGUACGGGCUUCCUGCUAGGAGACCAGUUUCAUCUUCAUUGUGGGGAGCUAGAAAUCAGACCCAUAGCGGGUUUGUCAAGAAGUUUUCAGCAGUGUCACCUGGUAGGACACUAGCACAGCGUGCCCAACUUGCUUGGAAAAGUUUUGUCCGGAGACCUUCCUGCAAUACAGGAACUCCACAGCCAAUCAGUCGGAUUGCUCAGGCAGUUAGCUUAGCAUUGAGCCGCUCUUAUGUGGUUAUGCCUGGAAUGUUCGCCUUGGCUUUUGGAAGAAAUUUAGCAUGGGCACAAGCCCCUGUAGACGUGGAUUUCUUUCAGCCAAGGAAUACAAUAUACAUGCGGGCUCAGGAUGGGCAUAUUUUUGUUGUCAAAGUGGUCCUUGCUGUAUUACAAGGGAUUGUUUUGUUGCUUCGCGCCCUGUAUCUGGCGAUUUUGUUUUCACCAAGCAUUUCCAUGGCUCCGUUUGUGGAUUAUUUUGGGCCUCGGUACAGGAAAGUGUGGCUUCAGCUUGUCCAUCAAACGCUGGAAAGGGCAGGUCCUGCUUUCAUAAAAUGGGGUCAGUGGGCUGCUUCACGGCCAGAUCUUUUUCCCAGAGAUUUAUGUGCUGAGCUUUCCAAGCUUCACACCAAAGCACCCGAACAUAGCUUUGCAUACACUAAAAAGACUAUUGAAAGGGCUUUUGGCCGAAAGCUAACUGAAAUCUUUGAUGACUUUGAGGAAGUACCUGUAGCAUCUGGAAGUAUUGCUCAGGUGCACCGAGCUUCUUUGAAGUAUCGGUAUCGUGGUCGUCACAACAAGCCUAUGAUGGUAGCUGUGAAGGUGAGACAUCCUGGAGUUGGUGAAUCAAUUAAAAGAGAUUUUGAGAUAAUCAACAAAGUGGCAAAAUUAUCAAAAUUCAUUCCGGCACUAAAUUGGUUGAGAUUGGAUGAGAGUGUUCAGCAAUUUGCAGUUUUUAUGAUGUCUCAAGUUGAUCUUGCAAGAGAAGCUGCCCAUCUCAGCCGCUUCAUUUAUAAUUUUCGCAGAUGGAAGGAUGUCUCUUUCCCAAAGCCUGUGUAUCCACUGGUGCAUCCUGCUGUGUUGGUGGAAACCUUUGAGCAAGGGGAAUGUGUUUCACACUAUGUUGACGAGAUUGUGGGGCAUGAACGACUUAAAAGUUCACUUGCUCACAUCGGAACUCAUGCACUACUGAAAAUGCUUCUGGUAGACAACUUCAUUCAUGCUGACAUGCAUCCUGGAAACAUCCUUGUUAGGGAGGCUCAGACCAAGCCUUCUCGGAAGCGCCUUUUCAAGUCAAAGCCUCAUGUUAUUUUCCUUGAUGUAGGAAUGACUGCUGAGCUUUCUAAAAGUGAUCGAAGUAAUCUAUUAGAGUUUUUCAAGGCUGUUGCUCGUCGGGAUGGUCAAACAGCAGCAGAGUGCACACUAAGAUUAUCAAAAAAACAGAAUUGUCCCAGCCCACAGGACUUUAUCCAGGAAGUGAAAGAGUCGUUUGAUUUUUGGGGUACUCCAGAAGGUGAUUUGGUUCAUCCGGCUGAUUGCAUGCAGCAUUUACUUGAGCAAGUUCGGCGUCAUAGAGUAAACAUCGAUGGCAAUGUGUGCACAGUCAUGGUUACAACUUUGGUUCUUGAGGGUUGGCAGCGAAAGCUAGAUCCUGAUUAUGAUGUAAUGCAUACACUUCAGACGCUACUACUCAAAGCGGACUGGGCAAAGUCACUCUCUUACACGAUUGAAGGACUCAUGGCUCCUUAAGGAAAUCUCUAACCGCUGCUAUGGUUACAUAGCAAUUCUUUUGAUCGCAUAGAACUUCAGUAAUGUAUACCAUCUCACAGCGUACUAGUAUUCUUCUUGCGUGUAUCUACUUAGACCUGUUCCAACUAGACUCCCCUUGCGCUGCGUCACAAAUUUUGCAAUUGGAAAUUUUGUCUUUGUAUUCAUAAAUUUUUGUUUUCAAAGAUACUACCUCGAGAGGCAAAGCUUCAAGAUUCCCUGCUCACGAGACGAGAGACGAGACACAAGAUGUGAAGAAAUAAAUUGAAUUCCUUUAUUUUUUUA